AUGAGCAGAUCAGAUUCACCAGUUUACUCAAUAUUUAGAGGAAAUGAUCAAUUGGAAGCAUUACAUAUAGGUAUAUCAGGUCUUAUCGGUGUUGGUAAGACAACAUUAUGUACAGCAUUAGGAAAAGUUUUGAAUUUACCAACUUAUUAUGAAGGUGUUAUCGAUAAUGCAUAUCUAGAAGAUUUCUAUAAGGAUCCAAAGAAGUAUAGCUUUCCUCUACAGAUCUACUUGUUGAAUCAACGAUUUCAACAACAGCAAUUGAUCAUCUGGCAAGGCAAAGGUGGUGUACAGGACAGAACGAUAUACGAGGACAGUGUUUUCGCAAAGAUGCUCAUGGAGAGUGGCAAUAUGGAGAAGAGAGACUACGAAACCUAUUGUUCGAUGUUCAGGAACCUUUCAAACUUUAUGAGAAUACCCAACUUGAUCGUACACCUCGAUGUCUCACCACAAGAAUCACUCAAUCGCAUCAGACUACGUAACCGAGAUUGCGAAAAAGGAAUUACACUCGAUUACCUCGUUGCUCUAGAUCGUGCCUAUCAAGAGUUCCUCCAAGACAUCUCAAAGUAUAUAGCUGUGAUACGUGUUAAUUGGGGUGAAUAUAAAGAUGCUGAAGAAUUAGCAGCUGAAAUCAAAAAAGAAUAUUUAAAGAUGAGAAAUAUUCAUAUGAGAAAAACAGUUAUACAUAAUGGUGAAGUGAAACAGAUAGAUGUUAAAAAUAUAUAUGAAAGAGAGAAAGACAUGGAUGAUACAGAUGUUGAAUUUCAUUACUUUUUCACUAAAGACAAUAUUAAAAUUAAAUUCUUUAUAUGGUUAUUCUUUCAAUAUCUGGCAGUUAAGAUUGAAUUUGGUGCUGUAUUCUUUGUUAUAAGUGUCGCUGUAUAUAUGUUUAGAAAUCUAGGUAAAAAACAAAAGAAUAUAAGAAAGAUGUCGAGAAAGUUAACAAAGCAAGAAGAAGAGAGAAUCACUCAUGCCAUCAAUAAGAUGCAGAUGAAAGAGGUCAUCAAUACCACUUUCCAAAUCACCAAUCACUGUUUCGAAGCCUGCAUUAACAACUUUAGAUUGAGAAAGUUGGACAACGACGAAGAAUUGUGUGUAUACAAAUGUAUCGAAAAGAACGAGAAAUUCGCUAUGGUACUCGCUGAGCACUUUGCCAAGAUUGAACAACAACAAUAA